GCUAGCAGCUACCUCGAAAUGUUAUCGUUCGUUUUUUUAUUACUUUACUUCCUAAUGCCGAUUCAAAAGAUUGCUACACAAUUUUUAAAUUUAUAUAAAAUGUCACCCGACUACCGCGCCGCGCAUACUUUCGUGCAGGACAGCGUGGAAUAUAUCUUCUGCGAGUAUCGCGUAACCUGGGAUGAAGCUCGCAUGAUGUGUUUAAGUUAUAAAGCCGAACUUGCGACGGUGGAUAGCGAGCGAAAAGCGCGGGUUGCAAUCCGUACGAUCGUCGAUAGUGAUUUGCGACUUACCGAAAAUCUAUGGAUUGGAGCGCGGGAGGACUCUGCCGGUUCCUGGUACUGGAUCUCAAACGGGAAUAAAAUAACUUUAAAAACCGUUUCACAUCGGAACGUCAGUUUAUGGUAUCCAUAUUCUGCAGAUGAGAAUUUACUAUGUUUGAGUUUAGGCAGAGUGCAUCACGAUGCGCCAAUUUUCGUUCCACUGCGAUGCAAUCAACGGCGACCCUUUAUUUGUCAGAAAGAUAAAAGUAAAUCUAACGAUGAAAGUGUCAAAAUAAUGGGUUCCACUCGAAUAAAUGAAGAGGAAUUUAUUUUAUAUUCAACGAGACUCACCUGGCCGGAUGCUGUUAUUCAUUGCAGAAAAGAGGGUUUACAAAUUGCUGAGGUCAAAACGACGGCACAAGCUGAAUCGUUGGCAUUUCUCAUGAUACGAGCUCGACCAGAAUCAAUUGAAAAUGCAUGGAUUGGUGGAUAUGCGACUGGAAAUACGUGGAAGUGGUUGCCUUCUGGCAGCAUUAUCACAAAUAAUGAUUUAUGGAAAGAUGAUAACAGAAAAUCGCAUGGUUCUUUGCUGGAUACACAUGUAUGUGAACUGCCGGUUUAUCUGGAAACGCAAUGCGAUCGUAAACGUGAUGUUCUUUGCCAAAGACCUUUAAAGAAGCAGAUAAGUGAAAAGCCUAUCCCAGUUUACAUAGAAGAAUGUCCUUAUUGGAUUGGAUUUCAUGCACUCAACUGGUUUCAAGCCAGAGUCUCGUGUAAUGAAUUAAAUGCAUCGCUCGUUAUAUUGGAUUCUUCGAGAAUUAUUAGUCACAUGAUGUUUUUGAUGGAAGACAAUCAAGAAGAAUUGCGGCAUAUUUGGACUGACGGCCGGCGUAAAUUGUUGCGAACGACGUUCAGCAACACAACGCUCCACAGAUGGUCCUGGGAAAGUACUGGUGAACCAGUUCCCGAAAUAGGAGCGAGCUUUGUUCCGUGGUGCUCUGGCGGUCAAUGUCACGAUAAUGGCGCAAAUUGCUUGAACUUGGAUCGCACGGGUUACGACACUCCCAUCGUAUACGGCCUAGCCUGUAACCAGAGUCAAACGUACGUCUGUCAACCCUGGUCAGGAGCAUGCGUGACUCGCAAAUCGGAUUUGAACACGAAUUACGCAAACGAUGACGACUUGCCGCAAACAUUUUUGCCAUCGGAGACAACGAUAGUACCUUAUUACGAUGACAAAAUUAAUCCGAAAUUGUUUCAUACUAUCACAUCUAUUAAUACAAAUCAUAAUUUUUCAUUAAAACCAAAAAGUUUGUCCAAUAAUUCUCAAAAAAAUAUAAAUUUUGAAGAAGUAAGUUCAAUAGGUACAAAUUUUUCUAAACAUAACAUUGAUUACAACACAAGGAAGAGUUUUGAGAAAAUUGCACAUAGAGAAUUCAAAUUAAAAUUUUUAUUCGGUAAUAAUAUCGUGCCUUUAAUAAGCAAUGAUAAAAUUUUGAAUAGAUCUGAAUUUAGAUAUUUACCUAUUAACGUAUUUGAUGCGAGAUCGAGGCUUUAUGACAAAGUUAAAGUAUAUCCAUUGGUCUUCCGACCUCUCGUCUACUUUCUGCCUAAUCGAUAUUAUUAUUAUCCAAAGCAUAAUCUUCAGUCUAAUCAGAAAAAGAUAUUUCUAUUUCGAAAUAAAAAUCGGAAUAAUUAUACUACAAAAAGUUCAAAUUAAAUUUGA